ACCAUCUGCCCAUCGCAGGCCAUAUCUGUUGAAGUGAAAAUCAACAAGGAGCUGAAGCCGAAGUUAGUUAGAUUCAUCUAACGUUAGACUUAGACCCUCUAAUUCGAGAUGGCCGAGCCACUUCACCAGAGUUCAGUGAUUGUGAUCCACCCUGGUUCUUAUUGGCUUCGUAUUGGACGUGCCUCGGAUCCUUAUCCAGUAGCAGUACCACAAGUGAUUGCUAGACGUAAUCAUGGUAUGGAGAAAGACAGAUUUGAAGAAAAGCUUCUUCACAGGAAUGGGAUUGGUCAUUCUGGUAGCUCUGCUCUCAGAGAACAGGCAUUGAAGAUGGUGGAACAGGCAAUAUGGUCACGCAAAACAUCGCAAGGACACAGGAGAGAAAGUGUUCACACAUCAGAGGUCCAUAGCUUCAAUGAUUCUGUGAGUCACCAAUCUGUGGAUGAGUUUACUGAUAUGUCAUGGACAGACACUGCAAACAAUGCAGAAUACUUCAUUGGAGAUCAGGCACUUUAUCUCGAGAAUUCAUCAGAUUACAAUGUUCAAUGGCCAAUGAAGCAUGGUCAGCUGAAUCUUCAUAACAAUGUGGGCGGUUCUAUAUCUGCUGUCAUUCAAGACCUGUGCACGUUGUGGGGUCAUGUAUUAGACAAAAGUUUGGGAAUUCCACCUGAAGAAUUAGAGAAAUAUAGAGCAAUACUUUUAAUUCCUGACAUUUACCACAGACCUCACAUAAAGGAACUGGUCAAACUACUUUUAAUUGACCUACGCUUUGAAGCAGCUAUUGUUCAUCAGGAAUCUGUGUGUGCAACGUAUGGUAGUGGACUUUGCAGUGCCUGUGUUGUUGAUGUUGGGGACCAGAAGACAUCAGUAUGUUGUGUGGAGGAUGGGCUUUCUCAUCGUAAUACAAGGGUGUGUAUGACAUAUGGGGGGAAAGACAUCACAAGGACUUUUACAUGGUUGCUGGAGAAAGCCCGUUUUCCAUACAGAGAAUGCAAGCCAGAGAAAACUAUGGAUGCACUCCUGUUGAUUGAAUUGAAAGAAACAUUUUGCCAUCUUGAUCAGGAUUUUGAUGGCAUACAAAUACUGGAUUUCCAAGUUUGUUACCCAAACCAGCCCAUGCUGACCUACCAAAUGAAACUGGGUGAUGAGACCCUGCAGGCUCCAAUGGCCAUCUUUUAUCCGCAGUUGUUUGGGGUGGUGGAUGAAAAGAUGACCUUCACUCAGCAGCGAAACCAGGGUGAUCCUGAAGAUAUUCAUGAUGAGCUUUAUCUGCUGCAGACUCAGAACCAGCAACAGCAGGUAUGUCUUCACAAAGGUAUUUGUCUGGAAACUUUCCCCAAAAAUGGCAGCCAAAACUUAUAACAAUUUAGGUUAGCCGAUUUCACUAAAAAUAUUAAAAAGAUCAGAAAAAAUAUCAAUUUUAUUAUUUUCACAAAUUUUUACUUCAUUUUGUAACUUUACUUUUCAAAGAAGAUAAAUUAUUUCUGUGUAGAAUAAAGAAGAAAUGCAAUGAAAUGGUAGUAUUAGAUAUUAAAAUCAUAGUAAAAAGAGAAGAAAAAACUUGAGAGAAAAAAUGGAAAAUAUCAUAUUCAUAUUAUAGAGCAUUUUCCAUGUUUUUAAGCUGUAAAACACAGUUUUUCAUCACAAACCAGGUUUUUUAAGGAGAACAUGAAAUCAAUCGUAAUUAUGCUAAUGAUAUAAACCUACCUACAUUAAGAAGAUUUUUACUAAAACUUUACAAAAUACAUUUUCUGAUUUUAGUUACUGACAAAAAGUUAUAUUAAAUAUUCUACAUGUUUCUUUGGUGUUCCUGAAUCUUUGACAAUGAAGAAACUUGUUCUUCUUACAGAAGAAAAAUUGUUGUUUCUUUGGAUAUACCGCAUCCGAUUUUCAAGUUUAAAUAGGGGAAAAAAGUGUGGUUUCUUUACCGGAGAAUACAGUAUAGUUUUUGUAUGACCCACAAAAUCUAUUAAGCUGCUUAUUAUUUUUAGCAAGAGAGAGAUAAGUGUGAAUUACUGUGAAGUUGUUCACUCCCCUUUUUAGCUUUAUUAGGUUCUUCAUUGCCAUCAUACUCUGUUUUUCAAUGUUCCGUCCAAUAGGUAGAAAUCAAGCAUGUUUUCAUGCAACUUUUUCUCAACAAUGUGUCAAUCAUAGUUUGUGCACAAGGUCUCAUAUGAAAGAUGAAAAAAUGAAUAUUAAAGUUAUUAACUUUGUUUUCCGAAUACAUAGCAGUAAAAGUCAGAAAAACUCACUCAUAUUCAUAAUUUGCUGCAGUUUCAAUUGUUCUAAUGCAGUCAUGCAUGCAUUAUGAACGUUGACAUGGGCUUCAAAUAAAAGAGGGGAAGUGUAUCUUUUCAUUGAUGUACAUCUAAUGAAACAAAUUUAUAAUUAUGAUGGCAAAAAAUUACACUUAAUUCCGGUUUCCCUUUUUCUGUGACGCACUGUAUACUAAGUGGUGUUAGACAGAAAUGCAUAUAGAAUAUUGACUAACUGGAAAUUGGACGAAGUGAUUAAUGGGCUAAAUGGCAAUUAAACCAUAUGGUUUGUAGACCAACUGGUUGUAGAUUUCCUAUCAGAUAAAAUGAAGAGUUAAGUACACAAAACAGAUGUAGAACAAGUGGCAAGUUACAGUAAGAUUGUUCAUCUCUUUAGUUUAGACAAGUUUAUUAAUGUUCUUCUUUUAUAGUUCCAAGUUCUAUUCUUUAAGGCCAAGUUGAAUGAUAAAGAGUUCCUCAAUAUUCCAGGCUGGUUAUCCAACAAUGCAAUAUUUUUUAUACACAUAGUAUAUAUAUAAAAGAAAAAUAAUGCAAUUUAUAUUAAUAACUGUAGUCUUGUACAUUGUACAGAGUUAUUCACUUUUUAUACUGCAAAUAUGUUGCCAAGGAACAAAAUAAUGCUAAUCAGAACUCCAAUUAUUCCUAUUUUCCAAUGAAAAUAAAAAGCCAUCAUUAGUUUUGUCAUACUUCUUCAUAUAUCUUUAAUUAUUUGAUUUGACAUUUGUGUAUCAAUCCUUAACCGUCCAUGCCUCCUCAGAGGACAGUUUCAUACAUAUUUUCAAUUACAUGAUUAAGUUUUACAUAGUGCUGUCGAUAAUGUAUUAAUCAAAUACCUCCUUUCUUGCCUUCAGAGCCUGUUAGAGGAAACUUUCCAUAUAGCCAUCAUAAGUUAUGUCUUCACGUGUUUUUCAAUUAUUUGAUUUGACAUUUGAGAAUCAAUCCUUAGCCACCCAUGCCUCCUCAGAGGAUAGUUGAGCCUGGUAUGUUAAGGGGGUAAAAAAUUCAUUUUUGUCUCACCUGCAUAGCAGAGUGAGACUAAAGGCGCCGCUUUUCCGACGGCGGCGGCGGCGUCAACACCAAAUCUUAACCUGAGGUUAAGUUUUUGAAAUGACAGCAUAACUUAGAAAGUAUAUGGACCUAGUUCAUGAAACUUGGCCAUAAGGUUAAUCAAGUAUUACUGAACAUCCUGCCUGAGUUUCAUGUCACAUGACCAAGGUCAAAGGUCAUUUAGGGUCAAUGAACUUAGACCAUGUUGGGGGAAUCAACAUCAAAAUCUUAACCUAAGGUUAAGUUUUUGAAAUGUCAUCAUAACUUAGAAAAUAUAUGGACCUAGUUCAUGAAACUUAUACAUAAGGUUAAUCAAGUAUCAAUGAACAUCCUGCUUGAGUUUCACAUCACAUGACCAAGGUCAAAGGUCAUUUAGAGUCAAUGAACUUUGGCCGAAUUGGGGGUAUCUGUUGAAUUACCAUCAUAACUUUGAAUGUUUAUGGAUCUGAUUCAUGAAACUUGGACAUAAUAGUAAUCAAGUAUUACUGAACAUCCUGUGCAAGUUUCAGGUCACAUGAUCAAGGUCAAAGGUCAUUUAGGGUCAAUGAACUUUGGCCAAAUUGGGGUAUUUGUUGAAUUACAGCCAUAAAUUUGAAAGUGUGUUGGUCUAGUUCAUAAAACUUGGACAUAAUAGUAAUCAAGUAUCACUGAACAUCCUGUGCAAGUUUCAGGUCACAUGAUCAAGGUCAAAGGUCAUGUUAAGGUCAAAGAACUUUGGCCACGUUGGGGGUAUUUGUUGAAUUGCCAUCAUAUCUCUAUAAGUGUAUUGGUCUAGUUCAUAAAACGUGGAAAUAAGAGUAACCAAGUAUCACUGAACAUCUUGUGCGAGUUAUAGUAGUUUUCAAAAUCAGCACUGCUGCUAUAUUGAAUCGCGUGAUACAGGUGAGACGGCCAGAGGCAUUCCACUUGUUAUAUGCUUAUGAUGUAAUCACUGCAAGAUUUCUCAUUGAUAUCUAAGGUUAAUAAAAUCCAUAUUUGUUUAUUUGGUAAGGUCCGGAAGCGAAUAGGGGCAUUCAACUUUGCUGUCACAGACAGACGCUUUUGAGAAAUAUUGAUUUGGUCCUAUUUUGACAGUCUUUAGAUUGCCUUGAGUUUUGUUUGCAAGUAAUUAUAGAUGAAACACCAGUUUGCU